AGGAAUUUCAAAGAAGUAGUUUGGUAUGGACGGAUCUGGUAAACCGGUUUCGGUACGAUUGUCUGGUUAUUUUUGGUUUAAAAUUGAUUGGGUAUGUUGCAGAAGCUUUGCCUCAGAUGGCAGGUCUCUCCAAAUUGAUCAUCCUUCGAUAUUAUUAUUGAUACAGAGGAGGAAGACUCAGAAUCUUCAUCCUCAAACCCUAGAUUCCUUAACGAAAUGGCGAUGGAGAUCUCGGUAGAUCUGAUAAACCAACUCAAGGUCUCGCUUCGAAAGGAGGCCAAGCUCACCUCCGUCGACGAUUGCUCGGACUCAUCCUUCCCCAGCCUUCCCACAUCCGAGGAGGCUAUCGCAGAACUUGAUGCUUCAGCUCCCUACCUUCGUUGCCGAAACUGCAAAGGAAAACUUUUACGAGGAAUCGAGUCUCUGAUCUGUGUCUUCUGUGGAAAUCAGCAACGCACGAGUGAUAAUCCUCCUGAUCCCAUCAAAUUUACUUCCACUUCUGCUUACAAAUGGUUUCUCACCUCUCUUAAUCUCGAUGGAUCGGUAAAAGUCGAUACCUUUCUCACUAAUUUGUAAUUACUUGUUUUCCUAGCUGAUUGUGUAUUAGUCAGAUGUAGAAUGUGGUGUGUUGUGUCUUCAAAAAAACGAACUUUUCAUCUGUAGGAGAUGGUAGAGCCACUAAAGGAAACGGAUGGGUCAAGCAGAGGAGCUACUAAGGCACCGCCUUCAAAAGGAAUUGCUUUGUCUAAGUUUCUUGAUUUGGAAAUACAAUGGUCUGCAUUAGAGGAGAAGUCUGAUGAUGGACAAUCAGUACAGAAGAAAAACCCUCUGAAUCUAGGCGGGAUUAAUCUUGAUGAUUAUUUCGUUGAGCGGAGAGGAGAUCUUUCCAAAGUGGAGCAGGCAGAGAGUAAACCUGUGGAGGAUGAUGAUUUUAAGGAUCCACGUAGUCUUAGCUUAUUCGAUAGUGUAAAGAGUCAGGGAGUUGUUGGAUCGCAACAGCAUGAUAAUGUUGGUUUGUUUGAUAAAAAAGAUGCACCUAAGAGUGUUGUUUCUUCUGGGGAACAUGAGAAUCUUAGUUUGUUUGCUGGACGAGAUGCGCAGGAAAGUGUUUCUUUCGCAGCGCAGGGAAACUUUGGGUUCUUUGAGGAGAAAGAUGCUCGGAACUCUUUUAAAGAGGAUGAAAACCUUAGUUUGUUUGAGGGUAAAGAAGAUGCUCAGAGAACUAGUUCUUCUAAAGUGGAUGAAAGUUUUGGUUUCUUUGAGGGUAAAGAUGCUCAGAGAACUAGUUCUUCUAAAGACGAUGAGAGUUUUGGUAUGUUUGAAGGUAAAAAAGAUGCUCAGAGAAAUAGUUCUUCUAAAGAGGAUGAGAGUUUUGGUAUGUUUGAAGGUAAAGAAGAUGCUCAGAGAAAUAGUUCUUCUAAAGAGAAUGAAAAUUUUGGUUUCUUUGAGGGUGCACCAUUAUCAAAUGCUGACCUUAAGUCUUUUGAUGACAAGAUUGUUGCUGCUUCUUCUGAUUGGGACUCUGACUUUCAAUCUGCUGAUCAAAAUCUUUCUCAGAAAAAGAUUGAUGGUGACCCAUUUGUAAGUUCUCCAGUUGAUUUGGCUGCUCAUAUGGAUUCUGUCUUUGGUUCCGGAAAAGAUUUACUCUAUGCACAACCGGCAGAUUCUUCAACUGCUUAUGUUUCAAAAGCUGGCGAUUGGUUGCAAGAUGAUUUAUUUGGUAAUGUCACUGGUGAGGCCCAAACCAACGACUCAGCCGUCCAUGACAAGAAUGAGGGACAGAUUGUCGGUGGCAAUGGAAAUUCAUCCAUGGAUAUUGAUUGGAUCGGAGAUGAUCUAUGGCAAACCAAUGAAAAAAAAUCCAUUGAGAAGACCCCUACAGAUGUUAAUGAUGAUGAUGACGAUGACUGGAAUGAUUUUGCAAGCUCGGCUAACUCCAAGACUCCUAAUAAUCCACUUUCUCAAACCAUGGAAAGUUCCCAAUUUGAGAUUUUUUAUGGACAUGCGCAAGAUAAGAACGGUGUUAAAGAACAGAGCGUGGAUGAGAAGCAGAAUACUGAUACAAGCGUGAUGUCUGACAUAGGCAAAUGUCAAGAAGAUGAUCUCUUUGGGACUUGGGAUAGUUUCACAUCCUCAACCAUUCUGCAGACAUCUCUGCAGCCUCCCACCAUUCAUGCGAAUCCCUCUGGUGAAAAAAAUCCGGAAAUGAACUUGUUUGGGGAAAAUAACAAUAACAGAGACCUUGAUUUUGAUAGCAUCUCACGUUCUGAUUUCUUUUCUGAAAGUAGUGGCGGCAAAACCAACUCAGAGGAAGUCAAAGUCAUACCUUCUGGAACCUCAACCUUAGACAGACCGAGUGAUCCUGAUGGUAGUAAAGAUCAAACAGUUGAUCUUGUUGUAGGCACAACGACAACAGUUCCCAAGUCAAAGAGUGAUGUUGCGGAGGAGCUGAUGUCACAGAUGCAUGAUCUCUCAUUUAUGCUCGAGACCAAACUUUCAGUGCCUCCAAUCUCCAAGACAGAGUAAUAUUAUCACAGUGUACUCUCUAUCUCUCUUGCGCUCUCUUGUUUUUCCUGGGGCUUGGAGAUUGCUUGUUUUCAUGUAUAUAUAUUUCAUUUUCAAUAACUUCAAGGAUCCAAUUUUACUUACUCUGUAACCCCAAGUGGUUGUUAGUCUAGUAGUAUUGUUCAUUGGGUUACAUCCAUUGAUAUUGGCCACAUGUGGAUACACACAUAACAACUGAGACUUCAAGAACUUGUUCGGACUCUGAGUCAAUCCAGAGUCUCUUGUGUUUUCCAUUUUUUUGGAUAACCAAGAUGUUGGUUUUUGGUGAUAGGUCCAUAAUCUCUUGUAGUCGUCACUAGUCAUAACCAAAGCAAGUUAAUUACCGAUAUUCGACCUUGUAACUUUGAGAACUCUUUUUUCUUUCUGAAUGGCU